AUGAGCGCGCAACCCAUCGAUCCGCGUCUGGAGGCCAGUGAUGCCGUCCAGGCAGCGUAUCAAGCACAAGCACAGGCACAAGCCCAAGCAGCUCAAGCACAAGUGGCUCAAGCACCAACGCGGCAUCAACCUGCUCCGUAUCCCGCGCCGGCGCUGACGCGCUCCGACUCUCAGAUCAAGCUGUACAGAGAUGCCGCGCAGACUGCCCAGCAGGCCCAGGACGUCUCUCAGCCCUACUAUGGAUACGCCGCCGCCCUGCCCACCGGUCAUUCUCCUAGCGACGACGAUGGCGACCGACGCGGAAGCGCUGGUGGCGCCGAGCUGGUAGACAUGAGCCCUGGUGGUGCUGCUAUGAUGGCCGCCGAUGCCAAACGCUCGAGAGCUUGCGAGGCCUGUCGUGGUCUCAAGGUGCGCUGUGACAUGGACAACAGCGGUCAGCCGUGCAAGCGCUGUGCCAAAGCUGGUCGCCAGUGCAUCGUCACCCAGCCAAGUCGUCGUCGCCAGAAANAGGCCGACACACGUGUUGCCGAGCUCGAGAAGAAGAUCGAUGCCCUCACCCAGGUUCUGCACCAACAGCAGCAGUCCCACCAUGUCCCGUUUCAAUCGCCUCUACAACCCGAUGCCUAUCCUCAGCCCACGUUUGACCCUAACCGACACGAAGCACCUCUUGGCGAUAUCGAUUAUGAAGCUGAGGACCGUCGCAAGCGCAGACGCCUUGACGACCCGUCUAAGCCACUGUACGCAACCAUCUACAACGAGUAUGGCGAGUAUGUCAAGCAACGCGUUCGCCAGAUCAUCGACUGGCACUCGUGCUGCACAAUCUUCGCCCACUUCAAGGAUCGCCUAGUUCCUGAGUUCCCAGCCAUUGUGCUACCCGCCGAUGCCACUCCUGAAUGGACGCUUGAGAACAAGCCUAUUCUGUUUCUGUGUAUCACCGCCGCUGCUUGCUUCAGGUUUGUCGAGACUGAAAUUCAAGAUGCCUUGACAGAAGAGGUCUUUGACGUGCUUGCUACUGCCGUCAUUCGCAAAGGCCUGAAGAGUCUCGAGAUCAUCCAGGGUCUGCAGGUCGCUUUCCUGUGGCACAAGCCUCCAGACCGCCCUGCUCAGGCGAACUUCUACAUGCUUAUUCACAUGGCUGUUGUCAUGUCUCUCGAUGUUGGUCUUGGAAAGCGUUUCAAUCCGAACAAGGUCAAGCGUGGCUUCGGUGGAGUCGGCGCCGACCUACCUCCUGGUCCUGGUAGUCAACUCGUGGACUCGGAUGCCAUUGAUUCGCGGAGAGCAUGGCUAACGUGCUACUACACCUCGGUGAGUGUCUCGCAGGUCUUGCGCCGUCCUAAUCUCCUACGCUGGUCGAACUAUAUGCAGGAGUGUGUCGACAUCUUGGAGAGCUCGGCCGACGCUGCCCCUACCGAUGCCCUGUUCGCUCAGCACAUCAAGGUGCAGCGCAUCUGUGAUGAAAUCUCCGUCUCGUUCGCCAUGGAGGAUCCCACCGCCUCAAUUUCCAUCCUGGAUCCAAAGGUCGCUUAUACCCUCGAGGUACUGCAAGAGAAGCUCGACAAGUGGGAUCAGGAGCUACCAGCUCAUUUGAAGCUCCCUACCCUGAUGUUCUACAAGCAUGUCACGUCUUUGUAUCUCCACGAAAUCGGUCUCCAUGUCAACCAUAACACAGAUGACUUCAAAGUGCCUUUCAGUGGAAGUCUCAAAUCUGGAAGUCACUUUUCUGAAACGCUCAGCCAGAAGCAGAUGGCUUCGAUCGAGGCCUGCCUCAAGGCAUGUCACAACGUGAUCGGAACCUUCUGUGACUUUGGCCCCGAUACCGUCUCUACACUCCCUGCUCUCCUGUACUUCGUCCGUAUCGUUUAUGCUCUUGUGGUCUUGAUCAAGAUGCAUGUCGCCGCCACAUUUCCAGGCUCGGAGCUGGGCAAAGUCAUCAAGCCCGAAGAUAUCAAAGCCCCCGAGUUCCUGGAUCGUGUGUAUCAGUGCUUCGUUGCAUUGUCUCAGGGCAGUUCUCAGAAGGCUUUCUCGAAGGCCCACCAGAUUCUCGGCCUUCUUCGUGAGUGGAUAACCUCUCAUCCCAACGGUGUUGAGAGUUCAAAAGAACCCAAUGCUCGCGGUGCUCAAAACCAGCGCCUCUCUUCGCGUGACAACGAUAGUCUGCGUGUCCUGAGUGAGGCCGCUACUGCGGGCGCUCAGCAGUCACACCAACGAUCUAGCUGGAGCUUCGAUUCUCCCUACACACCAGCAUCGCAGUACCCUUCUCACGAUCAGUCCGCUCGUUCUCAAAGCGAUGCUUACAACAACCCAGCAAAUUAUGCAUCUACCGUCAUGUCCACGCCUGGUUCGGGUGUCCAUCAAGCUGUAUCUGCUAAUGAUGCCUCUGCCUAUGCUAGCAUGCUCGAUCCCAGUUUUGCUAAGCAGCUCGGUGGUGCCGAGUGGACUCAGGGAUUGGAUUUCGAGCAAGCCAUUGAUGUUGCAUUGUCGGGCCUGGAUUUCUCAGGCGACAUGUACACGAGUUUCUUUGGCGACGGCGUCGACGCUUUCCAACUCCCUCCUGAUGCGGCUGCUGCCAGUGGCAGA